UGUAAUACAUUUUAUAAUGUUUAUGCGUUAAAUAUAAAAAAUGUCUUAGUUUUCUUUAUAUAGGUAACCAGAAAAUAUUUCGGUGACGCAAACAUGGCAAACGAAAUGAAGGAUUUAUGCCGUUUGUGUGGAAGUAAAGAUGAGUUUUUAAAAGAUCUAAAAGAUGAAAACAAUAAAAAUAUACUUGACAUGAUUAAAGAACUUCUACAGAUUGUGGUUAAUGAUAAUGAUGAGUUACCAACAAAGGUGUGCUUGAACUGCGAGGAAAAGCUGAUAUCAUUUCAACUAUUUGUGUUUGAAUGUUAUCAAGUUCAAACCACUUUGCAGAAGAUGUUUCUUGAAAACUUAACAUCACAUUAUUCUGUUAAAAUUGAAGAAAACAUGCCAGUUGGAGAUGUUAAACCUGAAGCAUUUCAGGUGAAGGUUGAAUAUCCCGAUUUAGAAAGUGCAGAGGCAUUAAAAAAUCAUGAUCAAAUUCAUGAAUUUGAUGGUGAUGAUUUUGUGAAGAAUGAUUGCGCCAGUGAUGAUUUGAGUGAUGUGGAUCUAGCCACACUUAAGGAAAUUAAAACAAAGACACCAAAAAGAAAAUCGAUAAGCCAAGAGGAUGAGGUGGAAUUUAAAGAAAUUCUGAAGAAAAGUAAUCCCCACGUUAAAGACUUUGUAAAAAUGCAAUGCAAACUUUGUGAACAACCCGUUAAGACGUGGAGCGCCUUACGAAUACAUUAUGCCAAAACUCACAAAAGCAAACCAUAUGUCACUUGUAUCUGUGGUUUUAUUAUAAAAUCUAAGAGCGUCUUGUACAAGCAUGUAGCAGAUCACAGAGCCGAGGGUCAAAAAUAUAAGAAGUCCGACAAUUGUGAUACAGGAAAACGGGAAAGUGAAAAUUAUCUUAAAGCCAGGAAUUUUGUUAAUUUUAACUGCACCCAUUGUGGCAAGCAGUGCAGUAGCUGGUACAGCCUGAAGUCCCACUGUGAGAGUUCACAUAAGGUGAAGCCAGAGGUGAGGUGUAUGUGUGGGGUCACAUUGAAGUCCAAAUCAGUAUUAUACAAGCAUGUACAAGACCACAAAGACCCUAAUGUAUUUUGCUGUGAUAAAUGUCCUAGAAUAACCAAAACACUGGCAGCCAUGAACAAGCACAAGAUGAGGCAUGUACCUAAGUCGGAACGGAAGUUCUACUGCCAAACUUGUAACAAAAUAUUCAACUCCAAAGAAACAUUGAAAUCUCACAUGCGUUCACACAUUCCAAUAGAAGAGAGGAAGAUAUACGAAUGCGAAAUAUGUCAUCUCAAGUUCACGACGCGGUGCUCGGCGGCGUCACACAAGCGCGUGGUGCACGACAAGAUCAAGAGCUACGUGUGCGACCUGUGCGGGUACGCGUGCGGCACGGGCGGCGAGCUGCGCCAGCACCGCGCCAUACACAGCGACGACAAACCCUUCGUCUGCAACAAGUGCUCCAAGCCGUUUAAAACGUACUCGAACCUGAAGACGCACCUGGACACGCACGAGGACACGUCGUACACGUGCUACGUGUGCGCGCGCGUGCUCAACAGCCGCCGCACGCUCAAGAAGCACCUGCUCGUGCACGAGGACAAGUGCCGCUACGUCUGCUCCUACUGCAACAAGGCGUUCAAACGACGGCAGACGCUCAAGGUGCACAUGUACACGCACACGGGCGACAAGCCGCUGACGUGCAAGUGGUGCGCGGAACGGUUCGCGUACGCGUCGACGCUGCGCUCGCACCGCCUGCGCUGCCAUCCCGACAAGAUGCCGCAGUUACAGUACGGGGGUUACAACGCGCACAUCGCCAUGCAGGAGGGCUACAUGAAAACCGACCCCGCGGCUGUCGGCGUCGUACUCGUUGGCAAGAACGACGUAGAAGCAAUAUAGUUACACCCCCGACACAUUUAGUUAACAUUUCUAUCUAAUAUUAUUUUCUUUACAAUAUUAUUGUUAUAGUGUUGUAUA